AUGCCCACGACCACCACGUCCCCUGCCCACGUGCUGCUCUCGGGCGUCCUCUUGCCUGCAUGCUGCCGACCACAGAGCGACGCCCGCACUGCCAAUUGCCCAUCUCCACGUCCAUCACCUCGUCUACUGCAUGCCCAACUUGUACGCGUCAACGCUGUCGCAGGACUGAGUUACGUCGUCUGGCAGUGCACGUCUCACGUCUCACCUGCCAGCGCGUCGCCAGACGCUGCUCUACAGCCACGAAUCACUCAUUCGAAGUGGGUUUCGCAGCAACACGUGACCAGAGUUGAUCCUGCUCCACCUGACACUAACGUGGCAUUACGUCGUGGCCCGCACGACUCGAAGUUUGACGUCGAGAACCCUCUCGUGGCGCUCUGGAGGUCGAGGAACAGUACGAUCGGUCGUUUCACGGUCGCUACCGAGCGCAUUCGCACGGGACAACGAGCGUUCCAAGCUGCAGCAUUUGCGGUCAUUGUGCGACAAGCUCAAGUCGAUCGACGGUGUCACUGGUGUUUUGUGAGGCUGUGCACAAAGGCGGUGCAGUGCGCCGACUGCGCGUUUGCACGAUAUUGUUCGCGUGACUGCUUAUCAGCAGACGCGAUGCUGCACGACUUUCAGUGUCCAGCUCUGCGAGAUCUAAAGAGCAAGAAAGACCGUGACGGUGGUAUAGGGGACGUGGAGACUGUGCGAUUGGCGCUUGCGGUGCUGAGCAUGGAGCAAUUUGUCCGGAAUCCUGAUGCGUUGAAGCAGUUGGUCGUUCAUUGCGAUGCAAGGGAAAAAGCACGGCAUGCGGUCGAGUUUAUCGUCACGAGCACGGGUCGAAGUUUGGAUCGGAAACACGUAUGCAAUACGCUAGAGCGCGUCCGGUGCAACGCUCAUCCGCUGUAUGUUGACGGCGUCACGUGCGUAGGCUCUGGCGUCUUUCCCGAUGCCGCAAUGGCACUGAAUCACUCGUGUCUUCCCAAUGUAGCGCCCAGUUACGAUCCACGCACUCGGACACUUGCUUUCCAUGCUAUUACCGAUAUUCUGCCGGGUCAUGCGGUAGAGUGUGCAUACAUUGACUUGUUGCAGACGACAACGAGACGUCAAGCGCUGCUUUCACAAGGGUUUGGCUUCACCUGUGUUUGCAUACGCUGUACAAAUGAAGGCGCGUUGGUCACUACGGAUGGACGAGCUGUGGUUGCUGAGAAUGACGAAAAGAAUCGGAUCGAGACGCAAGUGAUGGCGGAACUGAUGCAAUUGAACCAGUCUAGUCACGCUGGAGCGAUGCAACGGCUUUCCCGACUGAAGAUAGAGUGCGCGGACUUCUUCCAGCACAACCACGAAGCUCGAUUUGCGCUUUACACCGUGGAACUGCAACUUGCCCGCGGUCGACGUGAUUGGAAACGUGUCGUGAACGCGGCUGAGAUGUUGUUGACGAUCUGGACGCGAUGCGGCCUUCCCGCGAAUUAUCACACGACCGAAACGCUGUACAUGCAGAUAUACUGUGCCGCAAAGCGUGCUGGGAUGGCAGACAAGGAGAAAACGUCGGCCCUGCAAGUGACUCGCAUUCGGCAAAUUUGUGGGUACGUGCACCCUGAAACAAUGGUAGGUUGA